UUUGGCUAAUUUAGACUGUUGUGAUGCGCAUUCCCGUAGAUCCCAGCGCCGGCCGGAGGUUCAGUCCGCCGGUGUCGGUGAAGAUGAAUGAUGUGAACCCGAGCGCAGGGCAGCAGCAGGACAGCGCGGUGGUGCCAAGACUCCGCGCGCAAGAGAACCGCUCCAUGGCCGAGAUCAUCGCCGACCACCCCGCAGAACUGGUGCGGACCGACAGUCCAAACUUUCUCUGCUCGGUUUUGCCUUCUCAUUGGAGGUGUAACAAAACGCUACCUGUUGCGUUCAAGGUGGUGGCCCUGGGAGAGGUUUCUGAUGGGACGGUGGUCACAGUAAUGGCUGGGAAUGAUGAGAAUUAUUCAGCUGAGCUCAGGAAUGCUUCAGGUGUUAUGAAGAACCAGGUGGCCCGCUUCAACGAUUUGCGCUUUGUGGGCCGAAGCGGAAGAGGUCAGUCCACCUUUU